AUGGGCGGAAGGAAUAUUAGUAUAACAAAGAGUGGCAAAGUAAUGAAUCCGACAGACCAGGCUCGAAAAGAAGCUCGGAAGAAAGAAUUGAAGAAAAAUAAAAAACAACGCUUGUUAGUACGACAAAACGUGCUUAAAAACAAAAAUCCAAGAGGUCUCAUCAGUGAUAUGCAACAUUUGGAUCAAAUGGAAUAUGAUCCAAUUAAUCCAUCGCCGUACAACAUUAAAGUUCUACAGGAAAAACGGAAAAAAGUCAAAGAAACAUGGGACCGUGUGUAUCGACUUUAUACAAAGGACCAACCUGAUGCCGCUCUGCAGAUGGACACUCUAUUGGCGGAAUAUGAAAAAUCUCGAGCACAACUGAUAACAUGGUUUGAAUCAGUCAAAGAAACUCAACGUGUCACACUGGAUGAAAUUCCCAUGCCAGAGGUACCACACGGAGCUGCAUCAUUAUCGCAGGACGCUCCACGUGGCAUCUUGAAGCAAAAAGACUCGAUUGAACAGCCACAGCGUAUUGUCAUCACAAGAAAGCCACCAGGGCCGCCACCGGGUCGACCACCGAUUCUUAGUGAUAACGAAGAUAUUAGCGAUGAUGAAGAAGAAGUCGCAUCACCUGCAAAAAUUGCACAAACCCCUGAUCGACGACGUAUUCGUUUUGCUGAUCCAUCCUCGAACCCCCCGACAACAGCACCUGUUAGUCGAUGGAGUGAUAAUAUUGCUGCCGAUUAUCAACAAAAUGAAAUACAAGAAUUCGGCACCCCAGUUACCGUUUCUCAGCCACCACAACUCAAUCCAGAUCGUCCUUUAGUCAUGCCACCUCCAUUUCCACCUCCACCUCGUGGAAUGCGAUUACCGCCACCACCACCUCCAGCCGCGUUCUUUGCAGCGAAUCCAAGUGUCCGUAUGCCACCUAAUGUUCGGCCACCAUUUCCUCCAAAUAUGCCGCCGCCAAAUACAUCGAAACUAGUCCGUCAACAAGCUCCCAAUGUAUUUAGUGCACCCCCAAGUCUCAUCGCCAAGCCACCCUCGCAACAUCCGCCUACAAUGAUGUCUAAUCCACCACCUGUUUCCAAUAAACCUAGCCUGACUUUCGAAGCGAAACCCCAAAUAAGAGCACGACAAGAUGUUACUAAAUUCGUUCCUACUGUACUGAAAGUUAAACGAGGUGGAACAGCAGCAGGCCCAGGAAGCAGCAGCAUUGGCACGAAAGGAUCAGACAUGAGCGGAAUGAAGUCCACAUCACGUUUUGAAGAUCCUCUUUCGAUGCGCUCGCGUCCAAGCAAUACAUCUAGUGGUGCAAGUCAACAUCAUCUGAUGAUGACUGGUCCAUCGACCGACGAUGCCUACGACACAUUCAUGAAAGAAAUCAAUCAAUUAGUUUAG